AUGACAGUGAUGAUCUGUCAUCUGUGUGGCAAUGUUGACAUGGACGAUAUGGCCUUGAGCUUCGACACCGAUUAUGAGAUGUUUGAGAAAUUGCAAAAUCAGCCUAGUUACCACUAUGAUGAUGGAGGAAUGAGUAGCCUUGUCACCGAGAAAAACUUUUCAGUCACUGAAUCUAAUAGCACUCGUAAUGAAAGUGCUAUAGAGGCAUCAUCAUCGUCAGGACAUCAAGAGUUUAUGGGUUUUCAAUCUUCACAAGUUGGCAUCAGUUCGACUAAUUUGGUGCAGCCUAUUAAUAAUAAUAAUGCAACUACUAAUUGCAUGCUUAUGCAUUCAAGUUGCACCAGAAAUAAUAUUGGCCUAGGAUUUCCCCGUGGACAACUUCCUUCAACCAUGUCGCCUGCAUGUACUGUGGCUGAAUUUCAAGAUUGUGAAUUAUCCCCCGUAUUUCUUGCUGGUGAUGCACCAUGGGAGUCGAAUUUUGAAGGUAGUUGUCAACAAGCAAGAGAUAAAGCUAAGAUGAGAUACACUGAAAAGAAGAAAACAAGAAUGUUUGGUAAACAAGUAAGGUACGCUUCUCGUAAAGCUAGAGCUGAUUCUAGAAAGCGAGUGAAAGGUAGAUUCGUGAAGGCUGCUGAAGCUUAUGAUUAUGACCCUCUAGGAGUAAGGGAUUUCUGA